AUGGGAACCCUCGUCCUCGCCACACUCCUUGCCCUUGCCCUUGCCACCGCCUCCGUCCCGCCGGCAGCAGCAGUGGCAUGGUGCGGGGCGACGACGGCGGUGUCGUCCCGCUGCGUCGUCGACGCCUUGCCGGCCGUGACCAGUGGCACGACAGUGGCCAUUGCCACCUCGGCAGACUCGCUGGCAGACACAAGCGCGUGGGCUGCGCUUGUCCGCAUCCUCCCGCCUCCGCACCGCUCGCCGCCACCGCCAUCACCAGGCUAUCUCGCCAUCACCCUCACCAACCUCGUGCCGGACACAAGAUACUCGCUCGCCCUCAUCCACCUCCCGUCGUUUCCAGCUGCGGGCUGCUCUGAUGGCGCUUGCUCCGACUGCGGCAUCGUCAUGGCGCCCAAUCGCCACCUUUACUACCUUUCCGCCGCCGGUGCCGUUGCCUCGUUCACCUUUGCCGCCGCCUCGUGCGCGUCGACCGGCUCCGCUCAUGCCGUCUUUGAUGACCUCGCCCGUGCCCACCCGCUCUUCUUUGCCCACAUGGGUGAUUUGUACUACAAGGACAUUGCCGAGUCGGCGCCAUGGCGGUUUGCGUCGGCGCUGAGGCAGGUCUUUGACUCGCCGACCCAGUCGGCGCUCUACGCGUCGACCUCGGUCGUCUACAUUCACGACGAUCACGACUACGGCCCCAACGACUCGGACGCCGCCUCGCCAGCUCGCCCGGCCGCCCUCGCUUCUUACCUCACUGCUGUCCCGCACUAUCCACUGGCAUCGCGGGCCGCUGCAGCGCUGCCGGCGCUGGACGCUGCGGCAUCACCGGCGGGCGCAGUCAACGGCUCCGCCGCCUACACUCGCACCAUUACGCCGGACGCUGUCGGUCGGACGGGUGCUUUCCUCCUCACCGACCUCCGGGCGUCGUCCAACACCACGACCCGGCUUGGCCCGCGCCAGCGCGGCUGGCUCACGGGCAUGCUCGAGCGUGCCUCACGCCAUGCGCUGGUAGUCUGGAUCUCGUCAGUACCGUGGAUCGGUGCUGCCGCUGACGGCGACGACUCGUGGCGUGGCGUGCCGCAUGAGCGCGCGUUCAUCGCCAACGAGUUGGCACGACUUAACGUGACCAACCUGGUCAUGAUCUCUGGUGAUGCUCACAUGGUGGCCAUCGACUCGGGCAUCCACACCAAUUACGCCAACGCGUCAGCAUGGCCAGACUCUAUCGGCGGCGGCUUUCCGGCCCUCGUCGCUGCCCCGCUUGACCGCAUCGGCUCGACCAAGGGCGGUCCGUACACCGAAGGCUGCCACGGGUUCCGGCUGUGGAAGACCCACCAGUAUGGACUGGUUCGCAUCGACGACUCGCUUGAGGCCACGUGUGUCACGCUCUCCGGUCAUCGAUACGCCCAUCCUGCGCCGCUUGCCUCGCUCCGGCUCUGCACGCCGUUUGCCGUGGCACCCGCAAACGCCCAGCCCGGGAACGGCGCGUCGGGUUCGUGCUCGAUGGCCUGGCUGCCGGUCUGGGCCUGGGUCACCGUAUUUUUUGUCAUCGUCCUCGUUGCUGUUCUCGCUGCCGCCACUUGCUUCACUGUCUACCGGCUCCGCGCCACCUGGGCGCACUCGCGGCUAGCCCGCCAGUCCGCGCCACGGCAUCCAACCUUCCGUCCGGACGUUGUUGGCAUGGAUGAGCUCCAGCCGACAACCUCGGUCAUCCGCCGCCGGCGCACCUCGCGCCGCAGAAUCCAAGCAUCGGAUGGCCGUGGCAAGCCGUCACACCGCCGCCGCCGCCGCCGCAAGACGCGCCGCACUGAUGCGGCCGUCGCAAGCGCCGCCGGCUCGCACCCGGUCGCACUGGACAUGCUCGUGGCCCACACGCCGCGUACUUUGCUGCGGCUGGAGCUCGACGACUCGCUUUCGGACACACCGUUCAACCCCAGCCAUGACCCGAGCUGGCUGCGGCCGCUUCCGCUGCCGGCCCGCCAUCCGCGCGCGCCGUCGCCGGCCUCGCCAUCAACGAUGUCGUGGUCCUCAUCGCCCGCGCAGUCCUCGGCCGAGCUCUCAAUGGUGUCGCCUGCACACCCGUCGCUCCCGCUCCCGCACAUCAGCUCACCCGCACUGCGCCACCUCCCCCACAUCCAAGUCACUCCCGUCCGGCCUGGCUCCGGCUCCAUCUCGCGCUCUUAUUCGCGAUCGGGCGAUACUGAGCUCUCGUCCGACCUCACCCGCGCCUCUUCGCUGACCGUCUCGACCAGCACUGGCCGACAAGUUGAUCAAGGUCAUGAAGGUCAUGAAGCUGAUGACUCCAACUAUGAUUACUGUGACUACGAGUAUUACUCGUACUCAACAGAGCAGUAACACGGAUACACUAUGG